GACCAAACGACGGGAGACAUUUUUGUGGGAUGGCUUAGGAGCUAUUCCAUAUUAUCUAUUUCUAUGCUUUAGCUCUUUUAUCGGGCAAUACCUCACAACCAACCAAACCCUUUGAAUUCAUAUUCUUUCAGUCCCUAAUCAUUCGAGCUAAAACAGUUUCUCCCACGGCUUGUUAUAUAUUUUCCAUAAUGGAGCAGCCGUAUGACGAGUACAGGGAGCCCUUUUCCACCCACAUUGUCCGAGAGCUGCUCCGCUAUGAGCUUGCCGCAGAACUCGCCUUUCGGCGGUUGGUGUUAUCCCCAACGGGUACGCGGGCUGACAAAGAAGAUAUAGAGAUCAUAUUGGAGAUAGAGAAUAGCACCAUGAAGGUGGAUUGCCAGGGAAUACCACAGUCAAAGAAUGCACUACAUUCGAAAUUGAAGACGUUCUGGACGCGGAUACGCCACACGUUCGGUAAAGUGGUAAAGAAGCGAUCAUCGAAAGCAAAAGCACAAACGGCUGUACCAUGGCACGGUUUUCGGCCCAAAGAGGCCUAUGAAGUUCUCGAUUAUGGUGUAGAGUGGCAUGCAAGGUUUAUACAGUGUAACAGAGCAGCGUUUGCGAAGCACACCUUUGCAACUACGGCGUACCACCCCGGGUCGUUCCUCUAGGGGUUAGCACAAUGAGGUUAAGGCAAAAUCCAUAAUUUAGACAUAUAGAGUGUGAUUUUAGCUCCCCGCUCAGAGUUCUUAGAAUUGUCUAGGGUCGUGAAGUCUUGAGUUGGGGAGGUGUGAAGGUAAGCAUGAUUUCAGGAAACGUUUGUGGCAGUACCUUUGCCAAGCAACUAUGACAAUGCGAUUGUAGCACAUAGUCAAUGCUGUUAUAAUCGAAAUAUAUAAUUAUCCCGAUAUGGUCCAUAAACAUCUC